GCAGUCAUAAUAAUCACAUCCCUGCCAUUGAAACACUGAAGCUGGACAAUUCCGCUAAUAACUAACAAACGGCGAUGGCCUCCAACGUAAUCUUCACUGGACAUCUUCCCCUUAUGGAAAUCCACGCCGCUGCCGCCGCCGAAGACGACGGCGGCGGUGACGAGGCUGAUGAUGAGAUGAGCUAUAAGACCCCUCCCUAUUCCGCGGACGAUGAAGACGACGACGCCGGCGACCAUGGAUCGGCGAAGGGAAGGGGAUCUAGGCGAACAGCUUCGCUCCCGGGAACUCCACGGAGGCCGUGGGAACCAUGGAGGAAGUAUGCGAGCGAGAUGGAGUUGCGGAACGGCCUCGGCCGGCGCCGCCGCCGUUGGAAUCGAGAGAGAAAACUAGAUCGCGCGUGGGAGAUGAGGAAAUCCAGAGCCAGCUUUGCCGAUUCCGUCCUAGGCGGAGGAAGCGGCGGAGAGGGUGGGGAGUGUUUGGUGCUGGUGAGGCCGCGAGGGAGUAGCGGGAGGAGGAUCUGUAUGGAUAUGGAUGAGGUAAAAGCUUGCCGUGAUCUUGGUCUUGACAUCCCCCGCGAUUUCACAGUCGAGAUACCCGGCGGGAUUUCCGGCAACAGCAGCGGCGCCGAUUCCCCCAUCUCCGGCACCGGGGAAGACGCGAAAGAGAUUAAGGCAAAGCUCAAAAUGUGGGCUCACGCCGUGGCUUUUGUGUCGUCGGCGGCGCGAUCGGGCCGCUAAGAGUCGGAUGGAUGAAGAAGCCCUUGCUUUUUUUACGGGCUUUUUUAUUUUAUUUUAUUUUAUUUGUUUGCUGGUUUUCUUUAUACUACGCUAUUUUAAAAAAAAAAAUAUGCCCAAAGUGAUUUUACUUUGCGUUUUUUAAUAUAAGAGAGUGAUGUACAUAAAGUAAGACUAAGAAUGUACUUGAGAGUGGUGCAAUAUUUUGUAAGGUAGAUUGUAAAAUUAUUAGAAAAAAAAUUACUUUGUUGUUA